CGGAGAACGACUCUUGCAAUCAUUGUGCACGACACUAUAUAAGUGGAACACCUGAACUUGUCGUAAAUAGCUGGCCUUCGGGGCUGGUCAAUAAAACCGAAUGCGGUACGAGUACGAGUUAUUAGGAAAUGAUCAAUUAGCCGCACUCGGCACUCGAUCAGAGUCGUUGGUUCUUCAGCGGCAGUCAAGAUCGACGCCCAAAUGGAAACACUACGCAAAGUCGCGAGGACGGAGACCAGCUGUCGCCUCUGCUGGGUGCUAUACAUAUUUGUGAUUUCCCUUUAUUGGGGUUACUCGGAGGGUUCUAUUGGAGGCUUCGAUUGGCCCACUCCCGAACCCGAUAUUGGAAUAGACGAGUGCCAUGACGAGUUCACCAUAGCCUGUGCCAAUGCCUCGCUGGUCUACUCCGAUUCCUAUGACCUAUGUGAGUUGAAUGCCAACGAGAGCAUCACACAUCUUGAGGUGGAUGUGGAGCUGGAGCGACUACAAAUCGAGUUGGCCUCCAGUGCGGUGUGCGGAAAUAUGCGGAUCUGCGACACAUUGACUGACGAUCUGGAUUAUUUCAAGUGCAUCAAUGAGAACGGAACUCGAAAUCUGGACAUCUUAACGGAAAUAAGUUAUAAUGCCACAAGUGCGUAUACACGGCUGCAUGAAGACUACGAUGCUGUGCAAAGGACUUUUUGCUCUGCAGUCUAGAUGCCCAGAAAAACUACAUGGACGAUCUAAGGAAUGCUCACAGGGAACUCACCCAGUGCCGAUCGGAAAUCGAUGAACUUAGCGAGUAAUAUCGCUUAUCUGUUACUAUGUAAACAGAAGGUUUAAGGGUGAAUAAACACCAUUUUAUAAAGGCAA